AUGCAGUUUCGUCUCUUCUCCUUUGCCCUCAUCAUCCUGAACUGUAUGGAUUACAGCCACUGCCAAGGCAAUCGAUGGAGACGCAGUAAGAGAGCUAGUUAUGUAUCAAAUCCCAUUUGCAAGGGAUGCUUGUCUUGUUCAAAGGACAAUGGGUGCAGCCGAUGUCAACAGAAGUUAUUCUUCUUUCUUCGAAGAGAAGGCAUGCGCCAGUAUGGAGAGUGCCUGCAUUCCUGCCCAUCCGGGUACUAUGGACACCGAGCCCCAGAUAUGAACAGAUGUGCAAGAUGCAGAAUAGAAAACUGUGAUUCUUGCUUUAGCAAAGACUUUUGUACCAAGUGCAAAGUAGGCUUUUAUUUGCAUAGAGGCCGCUGCUUUGAGGAAUGUCCAGAUGGUUUUGCACCAUUAGAUGAAACCAUGGAAUGUGUGGAAGGAUGUGAGGUUGGCCAUUGGAGUGAAUGGGGAACUUGUAGCAGAAAUAAUCGCACAUGUGGAUUUAAGUGGGGUCUGGAAACCAGAACACGGCAAAUUGUUAAAAAGCCAGCAAAAGACACGAUACCAUGUCCAACGAUCGCUGAAUCCAGGAGAUGUAAGAUGGCCGUGAGGCAUUGUCCAGGAGGGAAGAGAGCGCCAAAGGCGAAGGAGAGAAAGAACAAGAAGAAGAAGCUGAUAGAAAGAGCCCAGGAGCAACACAGCGUCUUCCUAGCUACAGACAGAGCUAACCAGUAAAAUAAAAGACACAGGGCGGUGGGGUUUUUUUUGUUUGUUUGUUUUUUGUUUUUUUUGUUGGGGGUUGUUUUUGCAAAAGUGCACAAAGCUACUCUCCACUCCUGGACACUGGUGGGUUGCAUUUGCGCUGCUCGGACCAGUACCUGUUCCCAAUAACAUUGUGAGAGGAGGAGCCAAGAGCGUGGUCUCUGUGUUAUUUAUGCUUUGAUUUGCAUCUGGAGACUUGAAGGCGGAAGCUUGCGACCUGCAGCAGUGGCAGCAGGAGUAAGUGUACAGCAUGUGACUCAGCUCCCUGUGCCCCCAGAGAGAGCCACCCCUGGUCCCACAGAGGGGCAGGAGGUGUGAGGCUGCAGACCCCCCUUGUGCAUAUUUAUGGAAAGACAGCGCUUGGCAGGCAAAGUGCUAUUUCGCUUGUGACCUUUAUUUCUCAUAUUGUUGCAUUUUCAAGGAUCAAGGUAUGUGGAUAUCUGCUUAGUGUUACCACACGUGGUUCUCAACAUCUGUUACCUUCCAACUCUUGUGCACGGAGACUGCUUUUAGCUGGGGUUCCGCUGCAGGAAUUCCCGUUCAGUUUCACAGCAGCUUGGAUGUGUACAUACUCUGCUGGGGCUACAUAUAAACCUCUUAUUUACUGUAUUUAUGCUUUCUUCUGUGCAACAAGUCAUACCUGAUUAAUAUUAUGUCACUUUGUUUCUAGUGGUUCCUAACCAUUGUCUGGUAAAUGACUGUUCUAGUUUUGCGAAUUGAUGAAUGUUUUUCUGCCCCUUGAAACUUAACUUUUCUUUUCUUUGUGGGCUUAUUUCUCAUUGUAAGGAUAGGAUAAGCUAGUUUGUACAUAGGGUCAAAUGACCCCUGUCAGAGAAUUUGAAUAUCAAUAGACCUUCCCUACUCUUGACCCCAGCUAAAGCUUGAGGCCUCUGGCAGUCAGAAGCCAAAACUCCCUUUGAGUCUAAGAUGUGAUGACUUUAUGAAACACAACUGAAAACAUGAGGAAUUACAUGCAGUCACUUGUAGUACUCAUCAUGCAGUUUCACAGGUCAACUAGAGAAUUUUUCAAACUUUUAAUUGCAAACUUCAAUAUGUAUAGUUUCCAUUUAAAGCAGUUCCUGACUUGCAAUGACAGAGCAUCUACCAAUAUUCUUAGGUCAGUGUAGAAAUUACCAUCUUAUGAGACCAUGCGUAGAAUUGGAGGAGAAACAUAAUAAAUUCCUACAACUGCUGGUCAGAUCUUAACAGGUCUCCUUUGAACCAGAAUUUCUUUCUUAACCAAGACAGAGAGGAACACUGUGCAGACUUCCCAGGUGACUUUCAGAGCAGUUGUUUCAAAAACAUCACUGUCCACUUGGGGGAAUCAGUUCUUAGAGGGUUUUGAACUGGCUUCUUCCAAAAGUAUCACUAUCUUCCUGGAUGAUCCAGAAGAAAAUGAGAACAAAAAGGAAUGGCUGCAGAUUUUUGAGGAAAAAAACAAAGCAAGGUAAAGCCUUUUUCUCACCUUGCGUUUGCUAAACUACCUCUUCUGUAUUUUUGUUUAACUUUUGAGUCAAAAGCAUCUUACCAAUAAAUAUGAAUGUCAAAUACGUCAUUAUGAAAAUACUAUUGCUAUGAGAUAAUAAGCCAUAUAUGAAUGUUGUAUACAACUUUAGGGUUUGCAUUUAAUCCUAAAGUGUUCACCUCCUUUCACACCUAUUUACACUAUAUUCCUAUUUACUAAGUGGGGAGGGGGCUUCUUUAUAUAGUGCUUCAUCGUUAAUAAGUCAAUACCUGUCCUGUUUCUGGGAUGUUCUUUUAGUGCAUUAAAAAAAAUCAAAAUU